AAGCAGCGGCUCAUGUGCUCCACGGGGGCAUCUCCGGUGGGUGGUGGUGCGCGUCGCAAGCUCCUCGCGAUUAUGGCGGAUCGCUGCUUGGGUCCCUCGCUUUGCAACAGGAAGCUCCUUCUCCUUCAUCAUCAUCAUUUGCCCACCACCGCCCACUUCGCUCCUUCCUCUCCUCCCUCGUCCCCUUCGCCGUCGAGGCCUCUCGCGGUGUCCAUGGCGUCUCCGUCUCCUCCCUCGCAUCCCACUUCCGGCCCCGAGCCCGACCCGACCCGUCCUUCCCUGCUCGUGUUCUCAGGUGGGACUGCGUUCAACGGCGUGGUCGAGGAGCUCAAGAGGUUGACCACCCGCGUCGCCCACGUCCUCCCCGUCUCCGACGACGGAGGCAGCACGGCUGAGAUUGUCCGCGUCCUGGGUGGGCCAGCAGUUGGAGACAUCAGGUCAAGGUGUUUGAGAUUGUCGAAUGAGAGCACUUUGGAGGCCCUUUCCGUUCGAAGAUUACUGGGUCAUCGCUUGCCACAUGAUCCGAAGCUAGCCAAGUCAGAAUGGUAUAAUGUUGUCGAAGGAGAUCAUUCCUUGUGGGAUGGUGUUUCAAGACCCUAUCGGGAAACAAUUAGAGCUUUUCUAGUUUACUUUCAGAAUGAGAUCCUUCGGCGUCCUAAUGAAUCAUUUUGUUUUAGCAAUGGCAGCAUUGGGAAUUUUUUCUUUGCAGGAGCUCGCAUAUUUUUUCAGUCUUUAGAUGCUGCAAUUUUCUUGUUUUCACGUGUCUCAGAGAUUCCAUCAGAAAGCUUGGUUCUCCCAGUGAUUUCUACCAAUGACAGGCUCACCCUGGGAUGUGAAUUAUGGGAUGGUACUGUCAUUCGUGGUCAGAAUGAAAUUUCUCAUCCAACCACAGGGACAAUGGAACCUGUCAAGAAGGAAUGCUCUUCAUGUCCUGCGCUUCCUUCAAGAAUAAAACGAGUAUUUUACCUGUCAAGAGAAGGCACAAAUUCUUUGCAUGAGGUUUACCCCUCAGCCAAUCCGGCUGUUCUGGACCAGCUGAGAACUGUUGAUUGCAUUGUUUAUGCCAUGGGAUCUCUUUUCACGUCAGUUUGUCCUUCACUGGUGCUAUUAGGGAUUGGAGAGAUUAUUUCUUCCCAGGCAUGUCCCAAGGUGCUACUAUUGAAUGGUUCCCAUGAUCGAGAGACAAGUGGCUUUUCUGCUUCAAGCUUUGUAACUGCCAUUACGGAUGCCCUAAAUCGGACUUAUGGGAAUUCCAAUAAUUCUCUUGAAAAUCUCAAACAGAUAGCAUAUUUGACUUUUUCUGGAGAUACUUCCACAUUUUGAAGUUAAAGAUAACAACAAUCCUCCUCAGCAUGCUUUGUCUAGUUUUUGUGCUGAAUUUGAAGUCAGUGUUUCUUUGCACCUUGUCUAUUCAAGGCUCUAGUUGCACAGACAGACAAUUACAUCUUUUCAUCUUGACACAAGGAAUGUAUCCUUCAGUGUAUAUUUCUUAAUCUGUUCAUUUGGUAAAACAUGAUGUCAUCUUCAUGUCUUACUGUUUCUCUCCUCCUAUUAAUCAGGAAUGAUCUUAACUCGCAAUAGAUUAAUCUUGCUUGGCUUCUAACCACUAGAUAUAAUACAUGGUUCGAGGAGCUGGAAGCCUCCUGCUUUUUUUAAAUGAUACUGAAAUUAUUUGUCUUAGGCUUUGUUUGGAAAGGGUGGGGAAAGAAAAAUAGGAGAGGAAAUUUUAAAAAUGUUAAGUUUUUGUCUCUUUUACUCUCACAAAAUUUUCAACUUGUUCUCAACUUUCGAAUUUUGUCCCCUCCACUUUCUCCACCUUACCAAACAUGGCAUCAGUGUCUUUGUAUGAUGCUGUCCUCUGAUGUUGUUAAUCCAAAGUUGCUCUUAAGAAUAAUUCUUGCCACUAUCAAUUUUGAAUGGUAGUAGAUUAGUGCAAUUAUUCUAGCUGAAGAGUAAAUUGUGUGCUUUGCUGGAGAUAUUUUAUAUGAGUUGCACAUUUAUUUUGUAAAAUUCAUCAUGGCCACACUAUGGGUAUCCAUUUUAAAUAUCUACCCCUAUGGGAUAAGGUUCAAAUCAGGUAGAUGGAGAGCUAGAUUAGAUUGAUGAUGCAGGGAGUAGUUUAACAGUUUUUCAUUGCACUUGUCAUAUC